UUGCAGAACACAUCUAUGUAAAAAUCAAGCAGUUAUAACCUUUCCCAGAGACCAGUGCAGGCACUCAAGCGGUGUCAGCGACACGUGUUCUAGUCGAAGUGGCAGCACCGGAAGUGUUAGUCGCGAAAUUCCGUCAAGCAAAACAAGGGUUACACUUGUUCACAACCCAACAAAUUCAUCGAUAUUUAAUAGCAGAGACGUAUCUCAAUUCGAGAGGAGUUACUCAGACAAAAAUAGCAGAAGAGCAUCCGAAUACGAAAGGAGUACUUCAGAGAGAAAUCAUCACUGUUUCCCUCACAGACUUGGCCGAAAUAUUGGCACGCUGUUCUGUAAAUCCAAAAUGUUACGUUUGGGUGUGUUGCUAUUAGUUUUAAUAAUUUGGGUUGGAGUAACCUAUUCAGCAAUAAAGAAUCAAUCAGUGGGUAACGGAGGUCAGUUGAAACAGGCUAACAACACAUAUCACCCAUCACACCAGUUGCAGGAAUCGGCUCGUCUCAGUUCCAUACUGAUUUCUGAGUUCAGGAAAGCUAUCAAGACCACACACACAGCCCGAGAGUUGAUACGACUAUUUGCAGGCAAGGACGCCACCAGGGAGCAGAUUGAUCGCAUACUCGGCUACGAGCUAGAACGCACAUACUCAGACAGAGGACGGUUUCCACGCAUGAUGAGUGGCUACGAUGACGUUAUAUCAGGACUGGACAAAGCGUUGUCGCAUGUUCAAGAGAUGACGUCAUCGCCGUUGCAUAGAUGUAAACAUCCUCGACCAGAAAUUGUCUAUAUUCAAGACAACGAAGCUAAAAAUCGUGUCUAUUUCCCAUCAUGCACAGUCAUCCAUCGAUGCCGUAAUGUAACCGGAUGUUGUUCGAAUGCCUCGGCUGUGUGCGGACCAAAGAGGGUGAAGAUCAUUAGCAAAUAUUUUGUGGUUUUGGAUUUGACAGACAAAAAGCCCGAAACUGCCAAUUUAAAUUCCAAAAUGGUAGAAGUACGAAAAUUUAUGAAUCACACAGAGUGUGAAUGUAAAGAAAUAAUAAAACUACCCGGGUGUCGGAAAGAAUGUCCACAUCCGUUCCAGAAAGUUCGAAAUGGUCUCGAAUGUGUCUGUGAUUGCCGUAACGACCAGCGAAAUUGUUUGCUUAUUAAAGAUGGUAUGAAACCAUUAAAUGAACAUUCUUUGGUAUGCAUCAAAAGACGGCAGUGUCAACGACCAAAUUGUAGAUAUGGUUAUUUCGAUGUGAAUACGGGGUAUUGUCCGCUUUUACAAUUAGGAAACCAACGUAAAAACCGGCGCCGAAAUCGACUACGUCUCCGAGGGAAACUAAUUUAAAAAAAGCGAACUCAUCAGACACAUAGAAGUUGCCAGAAAAGGCUGCUCCUGUUAACCCAGUCGUUAUAACAGCAGAACAUUAGUUACACAGACUACAACAAUACUAAAACACAUACAUACAUGCCUAUAUAUAUAUAUAUGUAUAUAUGAUAUAUAUAUAUAUGUAUAUAUAUAUAUAUAUAUAUAUAUAUAUAUAUAUAUAUGUACAUAUAUAUAUAUAUAUGUAUAUAUAUAUGUGUAUAUGUAUAUAUAUAUAUUUAUAUGUGUAUAUAAUUAUAUAUUUAUAUAUAUAUAUAUUUGUUUGUUUGUGUAUAUGUAUACGUAUAAUUGCCAACAGAACUACUACUGUUCAUUCAAUUUAAUUCAAUUGCUAUAACAGACAAACAAUAGUUACUCAGAGUACAAAACUAGCAUAUUACGAAGCAGACAGUAAGAUACAUACGCAUUUGGUUUAUGUCUGGCAAUGAGUUGUGUAUAAAAAAACAAAACAAAGAGGAUUCUAUUAUACAUCAGUUUUUGACUAUCAACCAAUUAUAGAGAUAAUCUUCGAUUAUUGAGCUCAUUUUCACGCAAACCAAAUUCAGCAAAAUGAAGAGAAGGUGGAGGAAGGAAAAAAAUAAACGACGAGGUAUAUACAUAUAUAUAUACUCACUGUUGUAAUAAACCGAAGGAGAGAUGUUAGCGAAGGAUCGACAUGUUGUUGGAGCUGUACGGGUUGGUGCAGAAGGUGACCAAUGAAACGGACAUAUUUUCAUCUGGAAUAUGUAAAUGAUGUACUAAGUAUUAUCAAAGUCAGACAAUUUAUAAAAGGACAGGUCACCUUGAUUGGCAGACACAAAUUGUCAAUAAGUGUUUUUGAACCUGCCUCACAUUCACUUGCUAUGUUCAUUGACCGACACACACUCACAUACACACACAUACAAAUUCACACGGUGACAUUACAUAAAAAAAUAAACUCUGCCACGUCACACACUCAUCUCUCCAUCUCUUCUUCCCUUGAGUGUAUAUAUAUAUAUAUAUAUAUAUAUGUAUAUAUAUAUAUAUAUAUGUAUAUAUACAUACAUGUAUAUGACAUACCAAUGCUUAACAAAUAAUGACAAAAACAUUUGGAUUGUUUCUUGGUAUCAACAUUUUUUUUUGUUUUUAAAGUGGGCGAAAAUUGACUUAUAAAAUAAAACACAAGCCAUGAUACAUGAAAAAUAAAACUUUAUCUUAUGUUUAAAUAGUUCAUUGCCCCUGGCUUUGUUGGAAAACUGUGAAUAAUAAAAAAAAAAUGUGAAUAAUAAAAAAAAAAGGAAAAUAUUUUCAGAAGGAUCUUAUCAAUGCGAAAUUACAGCUUUAAGAUAUAAAAAUACUAUAUAUUUGGUAUAAGCAACCAAAUUAUAUAUAUAUAUAUAUAUAUAUAUAAACUCCUUUCUUUCUUGUAUUUCUCCCUUUCACUCUUAGUCUUUUCUUUUCCCCUACCCUUCGUCUUGCUCUCUUUUAGUUCCUCGACUUCUCUUUUUCCACCAAUUUCCUUUGGCAUCCCCCUCCCUCCCUCUCUCUCUCUCUCUCUCUCUCUUUCUGUUCUAACUGAACAUUGGAACAUAGAAGUGUCUUUCCCAAAGAUAUUUUAAAAAAUCAAAACGAUGCAAAGACGUUUAAACGAUGACCAUAACUGGUUAUUGAAACAAAAGAC